CAGCAGCAGCAGCAGCAGCCUGACGGAGGAGUGGAGGGACAGAGAGAGACACACCGCGGAGAGAAAAAAGGGAGGGGAUGAAAGGGCGAAGGGAGGCAAGUCGCUCACUUCUGUUGCCCAUAUGUUCAGGAGGCGUUUGAACGGGCUGCCCCCCCGCUGAAGCUCCCUGACUCAUGGGACAGUCAGACCCCAGCUAUCCCUUAAGAGACAAAACUGGAAGCACCGGCAAGAAGCCACGCGCAGCUCUACAACCAAGUCAGAGGAGUGGGGAGGAAGGAAAAAAAAAGAAGCAGAGAAGAGGAGAGGAGAGGGACGGGAGCCACAACAGUAGUAGGCUGGGCCACUUCGGGCGCUGCUCCGUGAUGACGUCGUACACCCAUGUGAUCCGCUCUCUCCAUUGACAGCGCAUGGAGGGCAGGAAAGAGACGAGUUUUAAAGCUGGUGUCUUUUGGGUUGUGUGAGGGCUCUGCUCGCCUCCCAAACAACCACAGAACCACAGACGUGCGGCUCGGGGUUGGUGUUUGAGGGCGACCCGGAGUGUAAAUGGUUAAUCGUCGCGGGCCAGAUCCAGUCACAGGGACGGCGCGUAGCGAGUAAGACGUGUCAAGGGUCACGGAAACCACAGAAGAACAAAAGUGGGGCUUACGGCGACCAGAGGCAGCCAUGGCAUCUAACAGCCUCUUCAGCACUGUAGCACCAUGUCAGCAGAACUUCUUUUGGGAUCCCAGCGCCAGCCGGAGGUUCAGCCCGCCGUCCAACAGCCUCCAGCCGCUCCCAGGGAAGAUGAACGAUGUGAGCUCGCCGGGAGCCGGGCAGCCUGACGCGGCGGUUCCCAGACUGCGCCCGCACGAGAACCGGAGCAUGGCCGAGAUCAUCGCGGACCACCCCGCAGAGCUCGUGCGCACGGACAGCCCCAACUUUCUGUGCUCCGUGCUGCCGUCCCACUGGCGCUGCAACAAGACUCUGCCUGUCGCCUUCAAGGUGGUGGCUCUGGGCGACAUACCCGAUGGCACGGUCGUCACAGUGAUGGCGGGGAAUGACGAGAACUACUCUGCGGAGCUGCGGAACGCGUCCGGUGUCAUGAAGAACCAGGUGGCCCGCUUCAACGACCUGCGAUUCGUGGGCCGCAGCGGCAGAGGGAAGAGCUUCACCCUGACCAUCACAGUAUUCACCAACCCUCCGCAGGUCGCCACGUACCAUCGCGCCAUUAAAGUCACCGUCGAUGGACCUCGAGAGCCCAGGAGGCAUCGUCAGAAGUUGGAAGACCCCCCCAAAGCCGGCCUGUUCUCGGACCGCCUGAGCGAGCUGGAGAGGAUGAGGGUGAGGGUGACCGUGCCCACCCAAGCGCCCAGACCCACCCUCAACACCGCCCCCAACUCCUUCACCCCGCAGGGACAAACGCAGAUCACAGAGUCCCCGUCCUCUCCUCCCUGGGCCUAUGAUCAGACCUACCCGUCCUACCUGAGUCCCAUGGCGUCCCCCUCGGUUCACUCCACCGCCCCCCUCUCCUCCAGCCGCGCCACGGGCUUGCCCAACAUCACUGACGGGCCCAGACGCUUGACAGGUUCCUCCGACUUGAGUCCGUUCUCGGGCCAGUUCGAGCGCCAAUUCCCGAGCCUCUCCACGCUCACGGACACGCGCUUCCCCAGUCCCAGGAUGCACUACCCGGCCGGCUUCACCUACACGCCCCCCGUCACCUCCCCCAUGUCUCUGGGCAGCGCUCACUACCACACCUACCUGCCCCCUCCGUACCCGGGCUCCACCCAAAACCAAAACGUCCCCUUCCACCAAACCAGCAGCACCCCGUAUCUCUACUACGGCACGUCAUCAAGCUCCUACCAGUUCCCCAUGGUGCCCGGAGGAGACCGCUCACCCUCCCGAAUGAUCCCGCCUUGCACCAGCGCGUCCACGGGCAGCACCCUGGUCAACCCCAACCUACCCAGCCAGACGGAGGGGGGCGUGGAGGGGGACGGUAGUCACAGCAACUCCCCAACCGUGCUCAACAACGGCGGGCGGAUGGACGAAGCGGUUUGGCGACCAUAUUGAAGAAAAAUAAAGGCAGCGUAAUUCCUUGUGAGGUUUGAAAGCACAACGUUUGAGAGGAGAAGGGGAUUUUUUUGUGUGUGCGCAGAUCAGCUAAUACUAUCUCCGCCUUUAAAGUUGGAAGUGAAGGUUGAGAUUAAAAGAAAGAAAAACAUGAGACUUGUUAAGGCUUGUCUCCCUUAAAUGUGUUUUGACCAAAGCACUACAAAGGGAGGCGUCUGCAGCAAUAUUGACGAAGAUUCAAUGUCAUUUUAACUUUUGUAAGCCCGAGUGGAGGAGACUACAGCUCUCUUUUCAUAAUCCACAAAGCUGUUAUUUUUGUACAGUGUUUGAACUUUGCUGAGGCUUUUUGCUGGGCUGUGUUUUGUACUAUGACACUAUUAAGACAAGUGAAGCACUGAGGAGUGGAGCAGAGGUACUUUAAGUGGUAUGGACAAUGCUUUUUCUUUAAUUUAAGUUAACGUACUUUGUGGGUGAAACAUGGAUGUAGAUUGAGGCGAUUUUUUUUUUUCUUUGUUUUAACUUAUAAAGCCAUAAAUUAUGUAUUGUAUUUGAAACUUGAGUCGAAGAAGUGUAAUCUGAAUAUUUUUGAUGCAUCUAUAUGACUAAGUUAAAUGAAUUUUUUUGGUAAUUUAAAGAGUGAGAGGUUUAAUUUUGUAGCACCCAAAGAUAUAAAUGGUUUUGAAUAUGUAAUUUCCAAAGAGUAUUGCAACAUGUUUCUUCUGGAGUAACUUUCAGUUAAACUGCUCCUCGUAUUAAGAGCCCAGAUCCAUACUAGGCGUUGACACACAUUUGGCUUGGAAUGAAACCUUGGUAUUUAUUGAGCAAUAACUCGUAUUGUGCCUCUUGGCAACGCACCAUGAAAGAGCUUCAAUGGAGAAAGUAAUUAUGCGUUGGGGAAAUUCUGCUUCAUUUGUUGAGUUUGUUCCUGAUGAGCGUACAGAUACUUUCUGUAUUCUCUCAAACGCUGCAUUGGGGCUGUUGACACGAGGCCCAGAGGAGGUCCUGGCACUGCCACCAGAGGCAGACUUUGAUAUUUGUGAUAUUAUUCCUCAGGAUGGAUCCUCUCUCGACUGGAACUAACUGCCUGUCUGCGCCCACCGCAAGACGCCACGGAGCAGAGCUCGGAGCAUGUGCAGAAGACGCUUUCUAAAAGUGAGUCUUAGUGUGAGACACAUUGUGAGACACAUAGUGAGCUCAGUCUGUGAGACUGACGCAGAAUCUAAACUAUGACAUUCCUUUUAUUAUUUAUUUUUCUCUUCUGCAUUGACUUGUUUACCAAACUAGUUUGUAUCUUAUUUCUUGCUCUUGUCAUAAGUGAACACUUUGUGACACCACAAUGAGGGAAGUCUGAUGUACACCGUUUAAAAUGAAAGCUCAUCAUUUUAAAGAUGUCACAGUAACAGGACAAAGUGCAACGUGGAGGUGAUUGGAAGCAGCUGCUGGCAGCAAACUGGUGACUCCAGUGUGGAGCUCUGUGUAUGUUUGUUUAUGAAGCACUUACUCUGAUUCAGCUGCACUUACAGCGGGCUGCCAGCAGAGGGCAUCGGGCCCUCUCAGUGCACACACACACACACACACACACACACACACACACACCCACACCCUCAGUGCACACACACACACACUCAGUGCACACACACACGCACAGACGCACACACACACAUGUACAAUGGAGAACACUUGGCCAAACAACAUUUACAGUGAAGUUGAAUCUGAUCACUCUGGGCACUUGGUAUUCAUUUGAUUUUUUUUAAAACUUUAUACAAUUUGAUAUUCAGAGCAUGAAGGUAAUACAAUAACCCGAUUCUACAAAGCUGAGAAAAGCAGGGGCCAGUCCAAGGAUCAGGGAGAGGCUUUCAUUUUAGAUUUGCACGCAGACUGAGGCUCUGUGCUCCUGAUACAAGUGAACACGUUUCCCCAUCGGCCCAGACCAAAGGACAGGUUUGUCUGCGUCUCUGGUGUAACAGAAGACUCCAUAUAAAAGUCUAUUAGUUAAUUUAAUGUAAACAGCCCUCUGGUUACCAUGGCCACACGUUGGACUUAAUUGAAUCCCUUUUCCUCUUUAGACUGGACCAGGAAAUGGUCUUUUUAAAAGUGUUUACACAUCGACGCAGCACUGACAUCCAUUCUGUCCUCAUCUGUUUUUGUUUGUGUUGUGUUUUUUUUUUUUUCAUGAGGUUCGACUUUUUUCUUUCUUUCGAUUUCAGUCAACUUUAUAAUGUAUUAUUUAAUGACCACCAUGUAAAUUACGCAGGAGCAGACGUUUGCUUUCUCUAUGUAAAAUGUACUUAAGUCUGUUUAAGUCUGUAGUUUUGCUUUUUCUCUCAUGAACUUGUCAGGAAAACCCUCUGAUGGACUCUCCAUUACAAAUUGCUGGUAUCUCUCACAAACAUCUUUUUUAAGGGAUUAAUACCUGACAACAGUGAGUGAAAUUGGCAUUGUGAUUGUACAUUUGUUUAUUUUAUGAAUAAAAUAUGACUUUUGUAAA